AUGGCGGCGUCGCCCUCGUCCGCUUUGCUUUGCUGUCUCGUGGGCUGCCUCUGUGCGUGGCUCUGGUGCCACGACAUGCAGUCAACCAAGACGCCUCGCUGGCUGCCUUUUCCAGCAGCCAAAAGCAACACGUCUGCAGUCUGGGCUGAACAAAGCACUGUCGAGGGCUACCUACAUCACAACGGCAACGGCUGGCUAUCAUGCCUUAUCUCGCACCAAUCACAGCCCGCUAGCCUUGGCGCCCAACUUUCUCCGAGGACGCAUUACGAUGGAGGGGACGACGAUCUUCGAACCUUGACCAACUUCCGUCAUGCUAUGAUGCUCUCUGCGAUCACGGCUCUGAUCGCAUGCCUCCAUGUCCAUCGCCGUCUCGAUACGCGCGUCGAUGCCUCUGUCGAUACGGCGCACGUCAAAGCCGCUUCACGACGUCGCCAGAGCAGGGGCCGUUUCCUGGUGGGGCAUCUCGAUAGACCCGCGACAAGCCAGGGUCUGGACGAGGCGGACGAGGCUGAACUGAGCCUCCGCCAAGCCUCACGCGCCCGUCGUUCGGACGCUUGGACAUGA